UGUUCUAUGAAUGCAUAUUAUCUCUAGCUGGAACGGAGAGUUCAUCCAUCCAGACUCUGUGUGCUCUUCUCGUGUCAGCUGAUUGAAGUCGUCGGCCAUUGACAAAUGCAGGAAAGGGAGAAGACAAACAACACUUGAUGGACCUGAGUCGAGGUGUCCUUGAUCCGGAGAAUCUUCUGGCCACGAGUUCCCAUCCGAGUGUUCCGCCAGUGAGAUCGCCAGUGAGAUCGCCAGCCCAUCGGAGAAACACCAAUGGUUCACAGCCUUUGAUUGCUCGAUUGCUGUUGAGUUACUUCGCGUGUUUCUAAGAAUAGUUUGGCUUCCUGGGCAAAAUUCUAGAACACGUUCCUGCUUUCUCUUCCACGAAUGAGUUUGAGCUUUCUCAAGGUUGACACUCCAUCCGCAGUAUUCCUCCACUUGUGAGUAGGACUUGUUGGCCUUCGCUUUGAUCAAUCUCGCCAACUCGGGCCUUGGACGUUCACGUGCCAAAUCAGAACCUGGCCUUUUUUCUGCUCGUGAUCAUCUUCUGGUAGCCUUUGGUAGCCUUUGGUAGCCUUUGGUUUGUCGCUCAAAAAGUCGCCUCCUACUCAAAUCAUGGAUCCCAGCUUCCAGUUCGAAGACAUGAUCAGUGCUCUUCUGAAUUCGUGUGGUGGCUCCUCGUCGGAUGGCUUAGCGUCCUCGUCCGAGAAUCAUCAUGGUACUUCCAUGGAGGGCAGCCCUCAACUAGACACCAAAGAGAAAAGUAGUACCCUUUACAACAACAGCAACAAAGAUUCUAAUGAGCCAACGACGCUUGGUGAUAUCGUCUCCAACGGUGCCUUGACCCUGGAUCUCCCUACCUCAAAACUUGGACCCCAAGUACGGCCCCAAGAUAUCCGGAAUUUGGCGACAACUAAUGAUAACAAUAAUGCAACACCAAUAUGUGAAGAAGCCGUUGGAAUCCAAUCUUACCUUGUCAGAAACAAUGAUGAUAACGACCCCGCUGAUGUUCAAGAAAUCGAUGCCUCUUUUACUGUCGAUAUUAGUCAAUUUCAAUCCAAAGAUGACCAACCCAAUUCAAGUGCCAACCCGAUGACAAAGUCCAAGAUGAUAGUUCAUGGAGAAGAGAACGACGUGAAGGCUAUGAAGACGACGACGACAACAACGACGAUGACGACGACCUCAGGUGAUACCUCUGAUACAAACAUUCCCGCCAAAAUUCUUGCAUCUAAAGAACCGCAAUCAAUCUGUGAUAAAUGGGGACUCGAGGACGACUCAAAGUGUGCCACGCCCACCUCUCUCGACUUCAAUCGGGCAUCCCUCUCGCAUUCGCCUUUGUCCUCGGAGUCUCCCGUCUCAAGUCAAGUCUCUCAAUUUUCCGGAUCUUCCUCUCUCGGCUACGGCAGCAACUCUGGCAGUAGGGAUCCCAUCCAGUUCAUCGACGUGGUAAACAAUCGAGAUGAACACCCGGGGGGACAGUUCGGUCCCUUCACCUCCCAAGACUCGGGCUUGGGCGGGGGGUCCAGCCCUCAUUUGGAGAACAAUCAUGAUGGGCUGAGCCAUCAGGGCAACACCAUGUUUUGGGACGUCAAAUCCAGCACGGAUGAGACAGGACUGUUUCCCAUGAACGACCUCUCGCCCCAGAGGAAAGGUGUGUCCUUGAUGGGUCUGGAGGCUGGCGGAGUCUCGAGCUCAGAGCUCGGCCUCCAAGGAUUAACGGGUCUGUUCCUGAAUGACGGGGAAUCCUUCUCUCAAACUGAAAUCAACGCAUUCCCCUCGUCCUCGGGUGUCGCCCCCGGCCAGCCUCCCCAAAUGUCUCAUGCUCUGAAAAACAUUCUUCAAUUGAGCUUCCUUGAGCACCAGACUCCCACGCCGGACUUGAACGUCCAUCAAGUCCUGCCGGAGUCACCCACAGGUAUGCUGGAACAAGAUCUAUACCGUCCUCCAUUGUCAACUACCCCCACAUUGGCCUUAACUACUCAUUUGAGCAAUGCCCUAUUGGGUCUUGACCACAACCGCCAACCACCACAAAUACAUCCUCACCUCUCAGCUCGAGAUUUGAAACAAUCUGCUAAUGCAACAACACUCUUUAACGACGGCUGUGCUACCUUUCCCAAUUCUUCUACUGCUAUGAUGACAGGUAGAAGCACUCGGAAUGGCUCCUCCUACCCCCACUCACUUCCAAGCCCGCCCCUGGAUAUCUAUGGAGGAGGAGGAGGCAUGCCUCCUAACGAAACCCUCAUGGAAAACCUGGCUGCCCUGGCUCAAUUGAGCGAGAUGGAGGAUCCCAACUCGGCGUGUUUCCCGUCAUCGGGAGACUUUUUGGUCCCCCCUCCGGAUAUGAUGGGCUAUAACUUGCCUCAAUACCCCCAAAAUAUGGCAUUCCCCGAAUCAAACCGGCUCAACUCGAACCCCAACCGAGCUUACGUUGAGCAGCAACUGAUGAACCAACGCUCAUCAUUGAGUCCUCCUCUUCACACGGGAAGAUAUCCUUCGGCCAAAUCCGCUAAAGAAUGGAACCUCCAUCAUAACCACAACCACCACCAACAACAACACCAACAACAUCAUCCACAUUCACAACAAUCACAUCCAAAUUCGAUUGGCAUGGAUGGCUCUCGUUCGGGAGGAAGAGGUUGUCCACCCAAUCGAGCAAGUAAACCCAUGACGGUUCUCGUCAAGUUUGGACAAUUGGGUCAAGGACGUGGAAUGUUCAACUCCCCUCAUGGAUUUUGCUUAGGAUUGAACCAAGAGAUCAUCAUUGCUGACACCUACAACAAUCGCAUCCAGGUCUGCGAUAAGCACGGUAACUCUCUCUACUGCUUUGGCGUUCCCGGCAAAGAUGAAGGCCAGUUGUGGUGCCCGAGAAAGAUUGCAGUCUUCCCAGACUCGGGCAACUUUGUUAUCUGUGACCGCGGAGGUCAACGAUCUCGAAUGCAGAUCUUCACCUCCCAUGGGCAAUUCGUCCGGCAAAUCCCUAUCCGCUACAUCGACAUCGUGGCAGGUCUGGCCAUCAAUCGUCACAACCAGAUUGUGGCCGUCGAUUCCGUGACCCCGACCGUGUUCAUCCUGUCCCAAUAUGGUGAGUUGAUCAAGUACAUCGAUUGCUCGGCGGACAUGGAAGAGCCCAGUGAUAUUGCAAUCCAUGGCCGAGAGUACUACAUAUGUGACUUCAAAGGGCAUUCAGUCGUCGUUCUUCAUGAGGACGGCACUUUGCUUCGUCGGGUUGGCAACAAGUCCGUGACGCAAUUCCCUAAUGGAAUCGACAUUUCUGACGAGGGCGACAUUCUGAUCGGCGACUCGCAUGGAAAUCAGUUCCAUGUGGCUGUUUACUCGAAUGCCGGCCAAUUGAUCUCCGAGUUCCAAUGUCCCACCGUGAAAGUGUCUCGGUGCUGUGGACUGAAGAUCACAUAUGAUGGGGCAGUGGUUACCCUAGCCAAGAACAACCAUCACGUCCUAGUUCUCGAUACGCUUUGCAUCUACUAGUCCUUGCGAAUCAAUCAUCUUUCUUUUUGGUGUGUGGCUUCUUCUUUUUCAUUAUUUCUGGCCAUCUUCAAAUGACCAGGAAGCCUUUCCGUGGAAAUCCACUUCCUUUACUUUUAUGUAAGAUAUAAAUUGGUAAUUUUUUUUUGAUAAUCGAACUUUGGAAUCAGUCAAUUGUCCAUGGGACGAGAUUUCAUCCCGGUUUUAGCACGGGCCUUUUCAAAUUCUCUUCGAACCCAUCAAUCAAUCAUCUUCCGAAAAGAUUUGUUAAUUGUCAAAAUUCCCCCCGAGUAGACAGAAAAAUGACGUCCUUGCGAAUAUUUCGUCGUUGGCUCGAAUUUGUGAUUUGCUCCUUUUUUCCUCCCUUAUGUCCCACUUUUUGUUGAUCUAAGUCAAAAACCGAGAAUUUUGUGUCAUGGAAACGACCAGUAACAAACCCGGCAUCAAAAACACCUGACAACUCUUAGCUAUUUAAGUAUCAUACUAUGCGCUUACAGUAUCACCACGACUCCUAUUUAUAUUUAUAUAUAUACAAACACACCUACACAUGCACCCGAUUGAUUUCUUGUCAUUUAGGUUAUACACCAAAACUAUUGUACCACUCCAUAUUCUACCAUUCAUUUCAAAAUCACUACCCUAAGCAACAACACAAGUACAGUACAUUAUCAGCUCUAUUAUCAUCGUCAUAAUUGUUAUUAUAGCCAGAACAACAGCUACGACUACUACAUUUAUGAGCGUUGUUAUUGAUAUGAUGUACGAGUCGAUCUAUUGAGCACUCAUGGCAUUCAAAUUCUUAGAACUAUUUAUUUGCGCUCUUUCCCCCUUCAAACACGGCUGUUUCACGUCUUCGAGAACUAACAAAAUAUGUAACUAAAACGCAUUCUCUGCUUUUGCUGUGCUGAUUGAAACUGAAGUUUUACUCCGACUCUCGUUCGAAAACUCAAAUGAUCCCCACCCCCUCACACACGCCCACAUGUCCUACAUGGACGUUUGGUGUAGUUGGUACUGAAAGGAAACGAGGCUCAUAACUUUUUGAUGAAUGGGAAAGAACCCUCUCUCCGUGUACAAAUUCAUCUUAUUGUGGCACUUACUGAACAGAUCUUCCUUGGUUUUUGUUAUUCCAUUCCUGUAAAAGACAGUUAUCACAACGAAGCGCUUUUCUCUUCUCAAGUCAUCAACAUACUGUUGUUCGAAAUGGCCAUUGAGCUCGCUUUUCGAAAACUCGAGUGGAACAUUUACUUUUGUAUACUGAAUACUGCUGUGGUUUACGUACGUCCCAUUGUAUAUCGUUACGUUAUGGUCGAAUCAACUUUGUACUGUAUCAAUGCAUACAACCAAAAGAAGCAACAAAUGAUGCUGGCCAACAAUAUCUUGUCGUAUUCGAAAAUAAACAGUCAAUAAAGAAAAUUCAUUUA